CAGACGGUCUUGGUUUUUCUCCCAGGGCCCGACAGUCAUGGAUUUCCUCAAAUCAGCCGUGGCAUCAGCCAUCUCAAAGGGUCCUGCAUUUGGAUACAGUUUCGGAGAUCGUGUAGACAUCGACGAGUCUAUCUGGACGUUGCACAACGGCACAAAGCGAGAAGACGGUUCCAAAUGCAGCAUCUUCUCCUUCGACGUAAACGCUAACAAGUCUCGGCUACCCCUCGCCCGCAAUGCCCUCCGCAAGCUACGUACAUUGCGCCAUCCAGGCGUUGUCAAGGUCCUUGAUACGGUAGAAACAGAUUCGUACAUUUACAUUGCCACGGAGAGGUUGAGUCCUCUGAGCUGGCAUGUGAAGAGGAAGAGCUUGACCGAGGAGACGACCAAAUGGGGGCUUCACAACAUUGCGAAAACUUUGAAGUUCAUCAACACGGAAGCGACUUCAGUUCACGCAUGCAUACGGCCCGCGUCAAUAUUCUUCAGCGAAAGCGGCGAGUGGAAGCUUGGAGGCUUCGAUGCUCUGAGCUCCAUGAAGGAGGAUGAUUCGGUUCUGCCAACAUACGGAAGCCUGAUUCCAGAUUCUCAUAGAUACAUGCCGCCAGAGGUAUCCAAGGGAGGAUGGGAGGUGAUCAAACAGAACCCGGCACACGCAGUCGAUGCAUACAAUUUUGGAACGUUGAUUUAUGAGGUCUUCAACGGCAGCUAUCAGGGAAGUGAGCAGUUGACCCAGAUGAGGAAUAUACCGCCGAGUAUGCACCAGGCCUACAAACGACUGCUCAAUGCGAACCCCAAAUCCAGGAUGAGUGUAGGGCAGUUUCUAGAUCAAGGAAAGCGAUUGGGUGGUUUCUUUCAAACGGCACUGAUCCAAGUCACUGACGACAUUGACAACUUGGGGAUCAAAGCUGAAGACGAGCGGAAUGAAUUGCUGGGCAAACUCGAUGAAGUGGCCGAUGACUUCCCCGCCGACUUCUUCAAAAUGAAGGUUCUACCCGAACUACUCAAGUCUGUAGAGUUUGGCGGUGGAGGUGCUAAAGUGUUCUCGACCGUCAUGCAAAUAGGGACGAAACUGUCAGAUGAAGAGUACGAGUCACAAAUCAUGCCUGUAGUCGUACGGUUAUUCGCGAACCCCGACCGUGGAAUUCGAGUGUUCUUGUUGAACAACCUGCCUCUGAUGAUAGAUCACUUGCCGCAGAAAGUAGUCAACGACAAGAUCUUUCCCCAGAUGGUCACUGGUUUCAGCGACGUUGCGCCGAUUGUGAGGGAAGAAACGGUCAAAUCCGUACUCGUCAUUGUACCGAAGCUUUCUGAUCGUGUAGUGAAUGGAGAGCUCCUUCGGCAUUUAGCAAAGACCGCAAAUGAUGACCAGCCUGGCAUUCGCACUAACACCACUAUCUGCCUAGGGAAGAUUGCUCGAAAUCUAGGGGCCAAUAAUCGAGCAAAAGUACUGUCCGCAGCCUUUGCGCGAUCUCUGCGGGAUCCCUUUGUUCACGCUCGCAAUGCUGCUCUACUGGCCCUCAGCGCAACGGCCGAUCUCUUUGGCGAGGAAGAAUGCGCGACAAGGUUGCUGCCUGUCAUGUGUCCUUCUCUCGUAGACAAGGAAAAGAUGAUUCGCGACCAGGCCCAAAAGACUGUCGAUAUAUAUGUAGCAAGAAUUCGUAAAUAUACUGCUACGAUGCCCGAUAGCGUCCUGCCUUCGCCCGGCAUAUCAGCCAGUGGCACCAGCACGCCCCGUAUGGGCGCACCUACAACUGAAAACACCUGGACUGGCUGGGCGAUUUCGUCAUUCACCAACAAACUUGCCUCUGCAAGCGGUCAAAUGCAGACCAACGGGAAUGGCACUGCACAACGGCCAUCCUCUGUUCCACCGUCAGCUGCCGGCAGCACCAACAAACCUAGCGCGAGUACACCUGCUCCCAGACCGGGAAUGACUCUUGCGAAGUCGGCCGCUUCGAUCCCAACAAUCGUAUCCCCAGAUCCAUCAGCCGCCUUCAACGACGAGACUGAAGAUUUCUCGGGCGAUUGGGGCGGUUUCGAAGACGACGACGGGCUCGGCGACUCUUCGAACAAGGCAAAGGCAGACGGGCCCGACGACGAUGAUCCAUGGGGUACACCCGCCAUUGCCUCCACGACGACAUCAACAUCAAAACCUUUUGAAGAUGAAGGCGAGCCUGAUUUCGCGGGGUGGCUGGCGGCGCAAAAUCAGACGAAGAAACCGGCUGCGAAGGUGCUGCCAAAGGGUCUGGCUAAAUCUGGGGCAGCGGCUAAGAAACCGAUCGUAGGAGGCAGACCGACGGCGUCUGCGACGCGGAAGGUGGUUGUUCCUCCAAAAAAGGAGGUCAAGAAAGAGGAGGUGAAGAGUAAUGAAGAUGAAGAAGAGGGAUGGGGUGAUGCGUGGUGA